UCAAACAAAAGUGUGCGCUUGAUGUGCGCGAACGCCUCCCGAGCUUGUGUCGUGUCGUGUCCGUGUCGUAAAUGUCGUACGGUCGUUAAAUACAAAUGGUCGGAUAGCAUGUGCGACGAUCUUAUAGGGAUCUACAUAUAUGGGAAACUAUGACUAAUAAUGGAAAUUCAAAUUAUAUCCGUCCUUAGGCUCGAACAUGUAAAUACUAAGUUCUUGAAUGAACCUUACAACUUGAAAAUAUCUAAGUUUUGAUGCUUGUUAAAAUUUAACUGAAAUAAUCAAUUUCCCUAUGAUUUAAAAUUGUAGUUAGCUGUCGCGAUCCUGUUUCUUAGGUUGUUCUGGUGUGGUGAAACUAGGAAUUUUCGGGAGCGUUUAAAAACAGCAGUAGAGCAAGUAAUUUUCGUCUGUAAAUGUACUCGUAAAAUUGUGUGGCAAAUCACUAGUUUUAGAUUUCGGGAUACACAAAAAUAAGGGAUCGUGCAAACGGUGUAUACCUAAAUACUGUGUCUAAGUUGUGUUGUGUAAUCGCUAGCUUAUCGUGCGAUGGCGCUUUGUGACAAGUGGGUCGCCCUAAAGAUAGUGGAGUUUCUACUCUGCGUGGCAUGCCUGGUCACGAAGCGCGUGUCGAGCGACGACGAGGUGCGGCUGGCGCUGCUGCUGCAGAAGCUGUCGCGCGAGUGGUCUCUGCUCACGUCCGUCACGUGGGACAACAUCGGCGGCGCGUUCGCCGACGCCGUGUACGGAGGUUACGUGAUCAUAACAUUCGCGCUAAUAUUGGGCAGGGUGUUCUACGAGAUACCGAAAGGGCGACGGAUUCUUGAGAGCGUCCUACUUGGCUUUGGAAUCAUCUUCUUUAUUGUUUUGGGUGGUUUAGAGCUAGCUUCUCUAGACUCAGUCCCACAUAACUUGAUAGUGAAUGCAUCUGUGCUUGGUUCGUUCUCAUUGGUCGUCGCUGCCCUAUUCCUCAUCGAUCUCAUGGGCCCCAGAAUCUACACAGCCAGUCGCCCUUCACAGACCGACCAGACAUUCUCCUCGCCUAAACCAGAGAAGAAAGUCUCAAUUGUUCCCCAGGUAGUACCACCUGCACCAGUAGAUGUAGUGGACGGCAAACAGAAUGGACACCUGCAGAAUGGAAAACAAAACGGACACGUACCGAAUGGCAAACAGAACGGCGUCCAAAAACCCGAAAGACCUAAAGACUUGGAUUUUACCAAAAUGAAAGACAAGGACACAAUAAUAGAUGAUUUAUUUGAUGAACCCAAGAACCAAAUAAAACUAGAUGAUCUUCCAAUCGAAAGAGAUUUGGAAAAAUCGAAGUUUGGAUCCUUACGUAGCGGCAUUGAGGCAGGAAAUUAUGUGCGUCUUUCCGACCCUUUGUCUGUACCGGACAAAUUUCAUUACGAACAAGAACUCGCUAAGUUUAACGAGAAAUAUUUACAAGAUUACUACGAAAAUGUCCACGGCAGGUUGUCAGUUAAAGAGGAUUAUUUGCCAGAGUUGCAGACGCCGGUGUUUUCUAAAGUUAAGACAGCAAAAACAACGAACUUGUACGACGACGUCUCACCGAGCUACGAGCAGAAGAGGUCGAAGUCUAAAUCGCCUACGAGGGCGAAGACAGUUCCAACGCCAACAAUUCAGCAGCUCGAAGAUUAUUUGCGCGGUUCGAACAGAUCCAAGCGGUCUGAGACUCCCGCUUUGUUUCCAAUGGAGCCAAUAGAGGAAAAAGAUAGGGAGGGAGCUGACGCAGAGGGCAGAGCGUCAGGCACUCCGAGCGAUCGUGGCUACGUGCAGUACACUGCUGGGAGAUGGCCGGACAAGACCAGACAAAUACGGACUCCGCGGCACAGUCCGACACAAUGAUAUUACAUGGAUAUUACUCUAAUGACCGAUGACAUUAGGUCAUCGUUGCGAACUUGAUGUGUCGUGAUUAAUGAGUGGUGUGCAAUUAAUGCGACCGACUGUGUAAUGGAGCGGAGUAUCGCUCGCGUUAAUACGUUUUCCGGUUUUGUACGUUACAUACUCGCAUAAUAAAUGUUUGACCAAAUGUAUUAUAUUUAUAACUGCCAUAGCCUCGGUGUCAUAAUUAAUUUAUGGCGUUUUGUUCAAGAACACUAUUAGUGCCUACUUACUACAUAGAGUGUAGAUAUACCUCGAUAUACGAAUACUUACUUAAUUAAUGUUACAGAAAUAAUCGAAAAUAGUUGUAGAAAUGAUCGAACUUUGUAUACUUAUUUUUUAGUAUUGCAAUUGUAAACCUUUAAAGGGUUUGAGUAAAAUAUUUAUAACUUGAUUUUAAAAUUUAGGUAACUAAGAAAACGUAAUUAAAUUUUUUUAAUGCCA